CAGGAGACCCUCUCCCCAACCUCCAUGGGGACAAGCGAUUCUGCAGACGUGACUUCAUGCUCGUUCAUGAGUUCUUCCAUCCCCAACACGGCAGCGCAGGGGUUUUUUAGGCUUAAAAAGGCUAAAACAAGCCACGGAUCUCCCUGCCGCCCGUGGAACCCAGACAAGCCGCCUGAGGGCUGGACACGGAGAGGCGGGAGACGCCAACGCCGGAGCUGGGCGCUGUCGCUGAGGGGCCCGGACAAACACGGUGCAAAGACCCCGCGCCAGCGUCUCCCCGCCUCAGCCGAGUGCCACGAACCGCCGCUCCCUUCGCCCAGGGAGCUUCGCAAAUGGCCGCUCGGCCGGGCCCCGCCGCCUCCCUGCCAUGAUGGCGCCGGGCGCCCUCCUUCCCCCCCACCGCCCGGGGCGCAGGCCCGCCGAGGGGCAGAAGGCGGGGAGCGGGCGGCGAGGCGGAACCGCGGCGCCGGCCGUUCUCGGCCUCACGGUGCCCGCCGGGCGGGGGAGGCGGGGCCGGGGGAGGUCGGAGGGCGGCGGAACGAGAGUUGGGACCAUGGCUAUUGAUUGGAUUGGUUUUGCAUAUGCUGCAUUGCUGGCUGUUGGAGGUAUUGUAGGCUACACUCGUAAAGGUAGUAAAAUCUCUUUAACUGCUGGUCUCACCUUUGGUUCUGUGGCUGGUUAUGGAGCUUACUGCAUAACACGUGAUCCGAGAAAUGUGAAGAUAUCAUUGUUUUCAGCUUUUCUUUUGACCAUUAUAAUGGGAAUGAGGUUCAAGAGGUCCAAGAAAUUAAUGCCAGCCGGACUAGUAGCAUGCCUGAGGCGGAUACAUCUGAUAUGGACUGACUUUCUCAGCACAGAAAGGAGAGAUCUGCAGUUAAAUAUUAAUGCAUAUUGAUAAGGCUCUUGGAAGAACCUGAGCCUUUUGAUGAUUUUGAGGCUUGUUUUUAUGCUGCUGUAGGAGAAUUUAGCAAUUUAAGAGCUGAAGUAUGACUGCCACACCCACCGAACAAACAGGCAAGCUCUCCAUACUUGAAAGACAAGUUUGAACGCAAGUCUUAAAUUGCAUUUAUCUUUUCUGUAAAAGAUCUGUACCUGCUAUUUGAUUAUUGACAUUUGGUGAUAUUUUGCAAGCUUUUUUUUUAAACUAAAAGAAGAGUUUUGUUGAUCAUUUAUUUUGAUCUACUUCCGUUUAAGCAGCUUGUUAACUCAAGGGAUCUUUCUCUGUAAGUUUGAUCUUUCAGGGGUGCUGAGCACUCCAAGAAAUUGAAUUAAUCUUGCACUGUAUCUCUGAGAGAAUAUAUAUAAAUACGUGUUUAUGCUAAAAA